AUGUCCGAAGACGACCUCUAUCGCACUUCUACCCAGUACAAAUUCUGGUCCUUCACUCCAGAGUCGCUCGCAGCACUACGCGUAGAUACCAAUGUUGCCGCCGCCGAGCGCGUCAAGGCCGCCAUAGCGCGCCAUAGAGCAGCUCGACGUGCAGAGGGUCAUGGAGCUGGGAGCAAUGGCGCAGACACCAGCGCGUCCGCGUCGGACACCGACACUGAUGUUGACUGUCUCACUCCGGAAGAAGAGCUGAGACUGGUUCAAUACUACUCCUACUCCACCCUCCAGUCUUCCGCUGCCAUCGCCUCGAAAGGCUUCAACAUCCCGAUCCGCGUCCAAGCCACAGCAGUCCAAUACCUCAAACGCUUCUACCUCACCAACUCCCCCAUGACAUACCAUCCUAAACACAUCGUCCCCACCGCCCUCUACUUCGCCACCAAAACCGAAAACCACUCCAUUUCCGUCUCAGCAUUCGCAGAACUGGCUGGCCAGUCCGAGGAAAAGAUCCUAGCCUCCGAAUGUCUCAUGUUCCAGGUCCUGCGCUUCAACCUCGACGUCAGACAUCCGCACCGCGGUCUGCGCGGCGCGUACAUAGAACUGCUGGCUCUAGCGGCUGGCGAGGGUGCCGUGGUGCCUGGAACCGGGAAGACGCGUCAGGAGCUGCAGGAGGAGCUGAGGAGGCUGCCGCUCAAAGCCCAUGAGCCGCCGGCGGAGCAGUCGGAUGACGCGGUGCAGAAACGUAUCGGCAACGCGUAUGCCCUGGCAAGCAACAUCCUGAAGGACUCGGCACUGCUCACGGACGCGUACUUCCACUACACGCCCUCACAAGUCAUGUUCGCCUCGCUCUACCUCGCCGACUCGGUCCUCUUCUCCUGGUACCUCGACUCAAAGUUUCCCUCGGGCACGGCGGUGCCCGAUCCCAAGUUCCUGAAGAUCACAGUGACGAUCAAGCGGUGUGCGGAGCUGCUGCGAGAUGGGGCCAAGGCGGCGGACUUCCAGACGGAUGCGAGCAGGCAGGAAUUGAAGCGCAUAGGGAAGAAGUUGCAUUUCUGCCAGAACCCGGAGAAGAAGGAUCUGGAGGGCUUGAACAGGGCUGCGAAGCGGGAUGGGCAGGUCGAAGGCGCGCUGGAUGAGAGGGAGAGGAAGAGGAGGAAGUUGGAGAGGGAGAGGAAUGAGCAGGAGGGGCAUGAGUUGUUUGGGGGCACGCUGAAAAAGGAGUGA